AUGGAUUUAUUUUUUAUUAAAAUGAUAUUUGCAUUCGUUGCAAUAUCGAUAGUAAGUUUUGCUUUUGCAAACUCAAAUAUUCAUUUUUUCAUGAGUAAAUAUUAUUUGAAAACAGUCGGCUUUAAAUAGAUUUUAUGGGCUAUUUAUAUUAAAAAGUAUAUAACAAUCACUCCUUUAUCAAUUGACAGUUCAAUUUCUCAGAACCAAAGCGAAACUUGAGCUUAUUUUCAGAUUAAAGAUUAUGGGUCUUUUAGUUUGUAUUUGUCGGUCAGUAUCGAACUUACUGAACCUGCAUAUGUUUGUUUAGGUAUUAAAGAAAAUGGGCUGCCUGAGGUUAUUACUGGAUACCCACAAUUUGACUGACUUGAUAUAGACAAUUGAAAUUUGGGCUCUAAAAAGCAUAAUGUUAUAAUAUCUCCUUAUCAGUAUGCGUUAUCUUCUUUAUUCGUAGGAGUAUAUUUAAAGACAAGCAUCGAAAUAGCUUAUACAAUUACUGCUUUGCAAUUUGUAAGCCAGCCUUGUAUAAAUAAUUGUACUGGCAACGGAUUAUGUGCUAAAGGAAAAUGCAACUGCAAUAGCGGAAAUAUAGGUAAAGACUGUCAAGUCGUUUCAAAAGUUUUAGAUGUCAACGAUGGUUCCUUUAAAGACGUCUAUUUCAUAAAAGAAUAUUUUAUUUGACCUAUUUUUUCUAGGCUAUUAUUUUUACCCUAUUUUUUGUUGGCGUAUUUUUUCAUUUAUUAUUUUUUUCAUUUUUUCAACUUAUUUUUUGACCUAUUUUUUGACCUAUUUUUUGGCUGUUUUUUGUUGUUGUUUUAUUGGCUUUUUUGGAUUAUUUUUUUAAUUCUAAAAAGUUUAUAAUAUAUAGUCAAAAAUAAGAUUGAAUAUCACUUGAAUAAAUAGCAUUAUGGAAUCAUUUCAAAAGCAAAUGGACUAAAAAGUUCAAAAAUAAUUAAGAAAAAAAUAAGUUAAAAAAUAUAGGUCAAAAAAUAUAUUUCAAAAAAAAUAGGAAAAUAGUCUUUAUGAAAUGAAGGCAUGUCAAUGAUUCUCAAAACAUAUCAACAGAGCCUGGGUCUAUAACAUAUGCUGAUUAUGGCGAAAUAGAUUCAAAAACGGGAGAAAAUAUCGAUGUUAUUAUACACUCUUACGAUAGCCCUAUUACUGUCUGUGUCAAGCCAUCUCAAAUAAACUGAACAACUACUUUACCAUCAAAAUCAGUUUGCCGAAUAAGACUUAAUGGAACAGAUAUUAAAUACACCAUAAGUUCAGACGAUUAUAUGACAUAUUUUGCAAUAAUAAACACAGAUAGCAAUAUAGCUAAUCUUCAAAUAAUGUUGAUUGGAAGCAGCAGUGGAGAUUCUUCGAAGGAAAUAAUUUUUAUUUCUUUAAUUACUGUGUGCUCAGCUGUCGUUUUAGGGUGAAUUUCGUUCGCUAUAUAUAAAACGAGGAAAAGAUUUCAAGUAAUUUCAUAUAGAAGCGAAAAUUAUUUGAAUCGAGCUUUAGAAAUAAAAGACAUAGAAAACCAUUUUCCUGAAAAACAAAUCAGGCAGAUAGAUAUAGAUAAAGGCAGCAUAUCAUGUCCUAUAUGCUUGGAUAAUUUUAAUCUAGAUGAUAUUGUUAGAGAGCUCUUAUGUGACCAUAUUUAUCACAAAAAAUGCAUUGAUGAGUGGUUUGCAACAAAAACUUAUUGUUGUUUGUGCAAGCGGGAAUAUAAAAAUGCUGAGAAUUUGGAUUUAACUAGAGCCAUUGAAGAGACAGUAGGAAUAAAUAAUAGCUUAGGAUUAAUGGUGGGAGCAAAUGAAGAGUCUCAAGGAAUUAUUACAAGCAAUCCUGUUCAUGAAGAGCAUGAAGAAGUUGAUGCAACAUUUCGAUUAAAUUCACCUAAUAUUAACUAA